UAUAAACAAAUAAAUUCCACAAUUAGAUCCAUAACUGUGACCUCCAUACUGAAUUGCAAGAAGCAUUACCAAUGAUGAAUUUUUUGCUGUGGAAGUCAGUCACUGUCCUGAGCCUGGUUUGGGCUGCUGGAGGGCAAUUGAGUGGAGAUGUGAGGCUGGUAGAUUCGUCUGGUUCAACAGGAGGCAGAAGUGGUAGAUUGGAGAUAUAUUACAAUGGACAAUGGGGGACAGUGUGUCAGGACGGAUUUGGUUCAACCGGUGCACUUGUGGCUUGUCGUCAGUUGGUUUUCCAAGGUUACGUAGCCUAUGGGGUUGUACGAAAUGCCCUAAUAGUGUCAGCAUCCACUCCGAUAUGGUUGGACGGCCUUCGCUGCAAUGGUUCCGAAAGUAGACUUGAAAACUGCCCACGAAAUCCUAUUGGAGAUCAUAACUGUGACCGUUCUGACGAUGUGGGAUUAGUGUGUGCAAUAAAUGGAGUUUUGAGACUAGUGAAUGCUACUACCAGUGGGAUACCAUCCGCUGGUAGACUGGAUUUGUUUCAUGAUGAUCAAUGGGGAACAGUGUGUGAUGACAGCUUCAGUCCAAACGAUGCAAGAGUGGCUUGUCGUCAGCUGGGGUACGAAGACUAUACUAAGUUUGGAAGAGUAGGAACAUUAGGUUUCCCCCAGUCUUCAAAUUCCAGUCGGACAUGGCUGGAUGAGCUUCGUUGCUCAGGAACUGAGAGAGCACUCAUUGAGUGUCCUGCUAACACUAUCGGAGUUGAAGAUUGUACCCACACACAAGAUGUGGCCUUGGUCUGUACUACAAAUGGAGACCUGAGGCUGGUAGACAACUCAGGUGGAACAGGAGUCUCCUCUGGCAGACUGGAGUUCUAUUACAAUGGACAAUGGGGGACAGUGUGUGAUGACAGCUUCAGUCUAAAUGAUGCAAGAGUGGCUUGUCGUCAACUAGGGUUCUCAACCUACACUCGAUACGGAACAGUUGGAAGGCUAGGUUUCAAUGAAAUUUCAUCGGACUCUCCAACAUGGUUAGACGAGCUUCUUUGCUUAGGAAGGGAGAGCAGACUCAUUAAUUGUCCUGCUAACACUAUCGGAGUUGAAGAUUGCACCCAUUCACAAGACGUGGGCUUGGUCUGUACUGCAAAUGGAGACCUGAGGCUGGUAGACAACUCAGGUGGAACAGGAGGCUCCUCUGGCAGACUGGAGUUCUAUUACAAUGGACAAUGGGGGACAGUGUGUAACGACAGCUUUAGUCCAAAUGAUGCCAGAGUGGCUUGUCGUCAACUAGGGUUCUCAACCUACACUCGAUACGGAACAGUUGGAACACUAAGUUUCAAUGAAAUCUUAUCGGACUCUCCAACAUGGCUGGACGAGCUUCGUUGCUUAGGAACAGAGAGCAGACUCAUUAAUUGCCCUGCUAACACUAUCGGAGUUGAAGAUUGCACCCACACACAAGACGUGGGCGUGGUGUGCAGUUCUACUGUAACAGUACCUACUUCCUCAUCGUCCAUCAACAUACCAAUCAUCAGUGUUGGCGUGACCGUUCCUAUCGUCAUCAUCAUCAUCAUCAUAGUUGUGAUUGUUGUCUUGGUCUGUGUUUUCAUAAAGAGAAGACGUCGUCUGGCUCACCUCCAACUCCUGACUCCCGUAGUCAAUAACACUACUUUGAAAGCUGCAAAUACACAAGAUACAGCGUAUCCCAUGCAACUCCCUCAAGAUGGUGUGUAUGCGUCUCUACCAGAACUUUCCCCCUACUCGACUGGACAAUAUACUGAUCCCUCGUACAUGUAUCCCACGUCCUACCCUCAGGAACCCUACCCCACUGGACAACCACCCCCUGCUCAAUACUCUGCUGAACAACCAUCCCCUGCUCAGUACUUGUCUGGUGGAGGAGCACCUCCUGCAUACCCGGGCUAAGUAUAUGGGUACCUCCCAUCAAGUAGUAUUAACUGAAAGUAUUGAACUUUAGACAAAUUGACGUAUGUUAGUGAUUUAAUUACGACAAAUGAUAGUGAUAGCUAUCAGAUGUUUACCCUCGGGCAGUUGUAUAUGUAUUAAUUCCCUCGGGAUUCUGCUUCACAGCAUAAUUGUGAAA